AUGGAAAUCACUCUCCUAUACACGUUUCUCUCUGUUCUCUUCCUGGCCGCCGCUUUCAAGUUUCUUUCAGUGGCUAGAUCUCAGCGCCGUAAAAACCUCCCUCCCAGCCCACCAGCUUUGCCGUUCAUCGGUCACUUGCACCUCGUGAAGCACCCCCGUCCACAGAUCCCUCCAUGGGCUCGCCCAAAACUCGGUCCGGUGUUCUCGCUCCGGUUUGGCUCGCGCCCCGUCGUCGUUGUGUCCUCCCCUCUAUUGCGGAGGAGUGUUUUCACCAAAGAACGACAUAGUCCUGGCCAACCGCCCCAAGCUCAUCAUUGCCAAGUAUUUCGGCUACAACCACACUACCGUAGCAGUCUCCCCCUACGGUGA